AGGCGUGUGUUUGCAAACAGUGAUCCCACUCACCCUCUUACCACGACCCCGGGUACAAGGAGCAGGAUCCCCGUUGCUGUAGCGUUUUCUGCAGGACAUUAAAGGUUCUCCAGUCCAGUCCUGUCCCUGAUUCCGGUCCUGAGUGAACGCUUGUCUGGUUGAUGAUGAACCCCGGAGUGCUCCUGUGUGAGAGGAGUGCAAAGCGAUGUGCUGCUCAAGUGCUCCGAAUGGCAGCGACCCUGCAGCCGCCUCCUGUACCCCGGGGCUCCAAACGUGGCUCCUCCAGGGGGUUCUGCAGCCGGCCCCCUCCCUGGCAGUUUGGUAGUGGAGAGCGCCAUGGGGCCCCCUGCGCCCCCCCAGCCAGGCCCCUGGGGGCAGACGAGUGCGUGUCGCUCUGGGAACAGCUCUUCAGUGAGAGAGGGGUCUCAGAGCCCAGGCUGUCCAGUGAAUACAUCGUGGCUCACGUCCUCGGAGCCAAGACUAUGCAGAGUCUGAGAGCCGGCAGGCAGGAGCAGUCCCUCACAGAGACACAGAUACAGAGUCUGAGAGCCGGCAGACAGGAGCAGUCCCUCACAGAGACACAGAUGCAGAGUCUGCGAGCCGGCAGGCAGGAGCAGUCCCUCACAGAGACACAGAUACAGAGUCUGCGAGCCGGCAGGCAGGAGCAGUCCCUCACAGAGACACAGAUACAGCGGGUGUGGGAGCUGUGUUCCAAGAGGCUGCAGAGGAUGCCUGUACAGUACGUGAUUGAGGAGUGGGAUUUCCGGGAGCUGACGUUAAAGAUGAGGCCCCCUGUCUUCAUCCCCAGACCGGAAACAGAGGAGCUGGUGGGCCUGGUGAUGGAGGAGCUCCGAACGAGAGGCUCAGCGCAGGAUUCUCCGGCCAGCCUGCAGUUCCUGGAGGUGGGCUGUGGGUCAGGAGCCGUGUCCCUCAGCCUGCUGCACCACUGUCCGCAGUGCCAUGCUGUGGCGGUCGACAGAAGCUCGGAGGCCUUAGACCUGACCAGGGAGAACGCUGAAAGGCUGGGAGUGCUGGAGCGCUUACAGAUCGUCCAGCUGGAUGUUUUAUUGGACGCAGACUCCGUGCUCUGUCAGUGUGGCUCGGUGGAUUUCAUCGUCAGUAACCCUCCCUACGUGUUUGCUGAAGACUUGCCCCUCCUGGAGCCCGAGAUCCUCUGGUACGAGGAUCAGCGGUCCCUGGAUGGGGGUGAGGGAGGAAUGGACGUGAUCAAGCAGAUUCUCUGCAUCGGGACCCGCGCUCUGAAGAAGAAUGGAAAGAUUUUUCUGGAGGUGGACCCCCGACAUCCGCUCAUGAUCCAGGAGUGGCUGAGAUCUCAGAGUGACCACGGACUGGAGUACAGGGAGACACACAGAGACUUCACGGGCAGGUCUCGAUUCUGCGUCCUCCAGAAAACUGCUCCAGAAUGCUGAACCCGAGGAUGACACGCUGGGACUCCGACUGACACAGAUCGCAUGGCAUCUCCUCACAGAUCAUUCACUGCCAGUGUGUUGAACCCUAAAGACUGCCUCCUCCCGUCUGCUGAGGAAAGUGCAUUCUUCAGAGAAAACCCUGUUUGAAAAUGACAUGAAGAGUGUGCAGGGCUGUCCAGCGUCUCUGUGUGUUUUACAGCAGGGCUGUCCUGUGUCUCUGUGUGUUUUACAGCAGGGCUGUCCAGCGUCUCUGUGUGUUUUACAGCAGGGCUGUCCAGCGUCUCUGUGUGUUUUACAGCAGGGCUGUCCUGCGUCUCUGUGUGUUUUACAGCAGGGCUGUCCAGCGUCUCUGUGUGUUUUACAGCAGGGCUGUCCAGCGUCUCUGUGUGUUUUACAGCAGGGCUGUCCAGCGUCUCUGUGUGUUUUACAGCAGGGCUGUCCUGCGUCUCUGUGUGUUUUACAGCAGGGCUGUCCAGCGUCUCUGUGUGUUUUACAGCAGGGCUGUCCUGUGUCUCUGUGUGUUUUACAGCAGGGCUGUCCAGCGCAGGGCUCUUGAGCCCUAAACACACAAUGUAUGUAUUUUUCUGUAUUAAAUGAGCUUUCUUAGCUA